CUGCCACAAGUUUACAAAGAUGUAGACAACACUUCUGCUUCUUUCAAUUUAUAUUAUUCUCUUUUGCCCAUCUUUCCAUUAUUUAUAUCCCCUAAAGGGUGUUAAACAAUCCAUGCAACUUUCUUAUGUAGUUGUUUUGUAACUCCUUUUGUUGGGACCAUUAAUUUUCUCCAUCUUAGGACCAUUUUUACAGGAAAAAACAUGGGGGAUAGAUUGCGCCUGGCAGUAGGAGUCAUGGGCAAUGCAGCUUCUUUGUUACUUUAUGCUGCACCAAUAUUAACAUUUGCAAGGGUGCUCAGGAAGAAAGACACAGAGGGGUUUUCAUGCAUUCCUUACAUCAUUGCUUUGUUAAACUGUCUCCUUUAUACUUGGUAUGGACUACCUGUUGUAAGCUGCAGGUGGGAGAAUUUCCCUGUGGUCACUAUAAACGGUUUAGGGACCCUUCUUGAGUUCUCCUUCAUUUUGAUAUAUUUUUGGUUUGCUUCAGCAAGAGACAAGAUGAAGGUUGCUGCUAUAUUGAUACCUGUUGUCCUAGUGUUCGGCGUCACUGCAGUUAUCUCAGGAUUUCUAUUUCAUGACCAUCACCAUCGCAAGGUGUUUGUGGGCAGUGUUGCACUGGUGGCCUCUGUGGCAAUGUAUGGUUCUCCACUGGUGGUUGUGAAGCAAGUUAUUCAAACAAAGAGUGUAGAAUUCAUGCCAUUCUAUUUAUCUUUUUUCUCAUUGAUUGCUAGCUCACUUUGGAUGGCCUAUGGACUGCUGAGCCACGAUCUGUUCCUUGCGUCCCCUAAUCUUGUGGGUAGCCCAUUAGCCAUCCUCCAACUUGUUCUUUAUUGCAAGUACAAGGGCAUUAUAAAAGAACCAAAUAAGAAAUGGGAUUUAGAACAAAAUGAAGACAAAUCCAAACAGUUGCAGCUCGUGAUCAAUAAUAAUGAUGCUAAUGGCAAGAGUUAAAGAAGGUUCCUCAUGGUGUGCAUCAGCAAAGUUUUCCAAGAAGAGAACAAUCCCAUAUGAAGUUAUUAGAAUGGCUCUUUGGCUUCAAGAAAUUCUGCUAAUAUUUAAGGCAUGCUGAUUAAGCAGUGACAUAAAAUAAUAAAAAGUUGCUUCUAGUAGCAGGUCUCUGGUUCCAUGUGAUGUGCUAUCUUAAAACAGCAUGAACAUAGUAGAGUAUGUUGAACAGAAAAUGACCCACUUCUCUUAAUGGAUGCCAAAGUUAGAGCAAUAUUAAAUAGUUCAAAAUCUGGAGCAGUGUAUGUAAAAUGAUUGACCGAGUUAGCUAUUGAAUGUUGUGAAUAAAUCAAUUUUAGCAAUUUAAUAUAACAGAAAACAUAAUAACUAUUGGCUCUCA